UUGAUUACCGUCACCAGUUUCCUGCUCUUCUUGCCAGACUCAGUUUUUUUUUCCCUCUCUUUCUAGAAUUAUUAGUAAUGGAGAUUCAGUAGUAUCCAAUCUUCAAUUCUUCAGUUUCUUUCUUACAUUCAUUUUUCUAACCUGAAAAAGAAAAACAAAAACCCACACUGAUUUUGUUAAUUUCCUCUUAACUUGUGGUUUUGAGAGAGAGAUUGGUGAAUGCAGGUUUGAUUUUUUGCAAUCUCUCUCACUCUCUAUCUACCCAACUACUUUGAUUAAUCUUUGCAGUACUAAAUAGUGGUUGAUUUGUAAAAAAAAGGAAAAAAUAAUAUUGGAUCCCAUUAUUUCCAUAAAAUGGGUCUUCUGAAUUAAAACAGAGUAUUGAGAAACCCUAGAAAUACUGCUUAAAAAAGGAGAGAGUAAGAUAUUCAUUCUUUUUUCUUUGUAACUUUCUGAGCUCAACUCACGUGGAGUUAACGCUAUUUGUCUUUUGAUAAGUUUCAACUUUCAAGCUCUUAAAUAGAAACUCAUCACAGAAACGUUUUUGCAGUAAUCCUGGUUGGUUUAAUGGCCAUUCAUUCAAAGCUCUUUCUCUCUCUCUUGGGAAAGAGAUGAGUUUUUGAAGUUUUUAGGGUUCUGAUUCUUCUGAAUAGAGUUAGGUCUUGCACUGAAACAGUGUUCAACUGUUUUUUGAGCUGUAGGGCAGAAGAGAAAUAAAGGGUUCUAGUUUUUCUUCUGUUUAUUAUGAUAGUGAUGUUUUUGUAUCUAUUGCAGAACAAAAAAGUGAAUGGGGUGUUAAAAGUACUUUGAUCUCAUCAGUUCAAUCUCAUAGAGAGAGACAGUGAGACAAAAGAGAGGGAAAUUGUUUAAUGCCAGUUGAAGAUUUAAAAAUGGUUGCUUCAUCUUCUUCAUAACUGCUGUAAUUGUAAUGCUAUUAUCAGUUACAAUGAAAUCAUUAUCAGCUCUAAAUGCAGAUUCAACAAGAAGAAGAGGAAGGUACAUUUUGUUUAUUUACUUUCUCUCUGUAACAUUUAGUUUUGGGUUAGUCAGAUCAAGUGAUGAAGAGGCAUUGUUAAGGCUUAAAUCAAAGAUUGAUCCUUCAGAUAGACUAUCAUCAUGGAGAAAAGGAUGUGAUUUCUGUAAAUGGCAAGGGGUUAGAGAGUGUACAAAUGGUAGGGUUACAAAGUUAGUUCUUGAGCAUGUAAAUCUAAGUGGAACCUUAGAUGGGAAAAGUUUAAACCAGCUUGAUCAGCUUAGAGUAUUGAGUUUUAAAGAAAACUCGUUAUCUGGUGAAAUCCCCAAUUUAUCUGGUUUAGUUAAUUUGAAAUCACUUUAUCUUAAUGAUAAUCAAUUUAUGGGUCAUUUUCCAAGUUCUAUUUCAGAUCUUCAUCGUUUGAAAAUCAUUGUAUUGUCGGGGAAUUUAUUGUCGGGUAACAUUCCGGUAUCGCUUCUCAAGCUUCGGCGAUUAUACAUUCUUUAUUUGCAAGAUAAUCAAUUAACAGGAGAAGUUCCAGCUCUGAAUCAACCAACUCUUAGAUUCUUGAAUGUAUCUAAUAAUCAACUUUCUGGCGAAAUUCCGUCAAAUGCGGUACUUGUUCGAUUCAAUUCAACUUCAUUUCUCAAUAAUGUCAAUCUAUGUGGCAAACAGAUAAAUGUCGUCUGCAGCAAUGCUUCAAUUACUCCUAACGGAGCUCCAUCUACUGGUUCAAAGUCACAUUCAAAGCAUGUAAACAAGAAACUUAUAUUGAUUAUUGUUGGUAGUAUUGUUGGAUUGAUUUUGGUGUUAAUCUGUUUGGUAAUUUUAUGGAAAGUUUGCAAGACUAGGAAGAGCAAAAAGUCACAGGAAGAGUCACGAGAAGUUAGGAGCAAAGGUGAAGUAGGCACUGAAGGAGUAGGAGUAGUAGGAGGAAGAAUAGGUGGCGAAGGGUCUGGAAUUGGUGGUUCAAAACAGGGAGGAUUUUCAUGGGAGAAUGAAGGUUUGGGAAGUUUGGUUUUUUGUGGAGCGGGGGAUCAACAAAUGAGCUAUAGUUUAGAAGAUUUAUUGAAGGCAUCUGCAGAGACAUUAGGAAGAGGAACACUGGGGAGUACUUAUAAAGCAGUGAUGGAAUCUGGGUUUAUAGUUACCGUGAAAAGGUUGAAGGAUUCUAGGUAUCCAAGGCUUGAAGACUUCAGGAGACAAAUGGAUGUGCUAGGGCGACUCAGACAUCCUAAUUUGGUACCAGUCAGGGCUUAUUUUCAAGCUAAAGAAGAACGUCUUCUCGUCUAUGAUUAUUUCCCUAAUGGCAGCUUGUUCUCACUCAUUCACGGAUCAAGAACUUCAGGGGGUGGAAAGCCCCUACACUGGACAUCCUGCUUGAAAAUAGCAGAAGACUUGGCAACAGGAUUAGUCAGCAUCCACCAAACCCCUGGACUAACCCAUGGAAACCUGAAAUCAUCCAACGUUCUUUUAGGUUCAGACUUCGAGUCCUGCCUCACCGAUUAUGGCUUGACACCAUUCCGUGAUCCUGACUCACUUGAAGAACCGAGCGCGUCAUCUCUCUUUUAUAGAGCUCCUGAAUGCCGAGACCUGCGAAAAAUACCAACACAAGAAGCUGAUGUCUAUAGUUUUGGAGUUCUUCUUUUAGAACUUCUCACUGGAAAAACACCUUUCCAAGACCUUGUUCAAGAACAUGGUGCCGAUAUUCCUCAAUGGGUUCGUUCAGUCCGGGAAGAGGAAACGGAAUCUGGAGAUGAUCCAAACUCAGGUAAUGAAGCAUCUGAAGAGAAAUUGGGAUCUCUUUUAAAUAUUGCAAUGACUUGUGUUCCUCUUUCAUAUGAAAAUCGACCCGCGAUGGAGGAGGUAUUGAAAAUGAUUAGAGAAGUUAGGGCAGAAGCACAGGUGUCUUCAAAUAGCAGCGAUCAUUCACCAGGGAGAUGGUCAGAUACGAUUCACAGUUUGCCGAGAGACGAACAUUUGAGCAUCUAAGCUAGGCAGUUAGAAUAAUACAUUCCACUAUUCUUUUUCACAUAUCUUUUUUCUUAUCUUUUCUGUUCUUUUCAAGAGUCCAGUUCAACAUGCCGUUGUAGAUUGUUAUGCUGUAAAUUUAUUGGGUAUAUUGGGUACUUCCCAGUAGUAAAUUUUUCUAAUCUGAGUAAGAUGGGUUAUUUAGUUCUUCUUUUGUCUUUUGGGUUUGUAUGUCAGGUGUCAGUGUGAGAAGAAAAGUAAACUUCAAUUUUAAGGAAAUUGCCUAAAUGUCAACAAU